CUGGGUGAGGAGCCCACUGCUAACGGAUGUGAUCAAGGCAAAGAUUUCCAUCUGGCUCCCGGGACUGAUGGUGAAAUUCCCAUGGGAUCGGAGCGGAUGGAAAUGCGCAAACGGCAGAUGUCUGUGGCCCAGGAGACACCAAGUUCCACACAGGCACAGCAUGGCAUUGGGAAUCGAGCUUCCAAUGCCUGCUGCUUUUGUUGGUGCUGUUGUUGCAGCUGCUCAUGUCUUACUGUUAGGAAUCAAGAUGAAGAGAGAGCAAGGAGGACAUCCCAUGAACUCAGAGCAGAGAGUAUUCCAAACUGUGAGGAGAGUCCCACUCCUACUCUUGAAGAAGUAAAUGCCUGGGCUCAGUCAUUUGACAAGUUAAUGGUCACUCCAGCGGGCAGAAAUGCUUUCCGGGAGUUCCUCCGAACAGAAUUCAGUGAAGAGAACAUGCUUUUCUGGAUGGCCUGUGAGGAGUUAAAGCAGGAAUCCAACAAGAGUGUCAUAGAAGAAAAAGCAAGGUUAAUCUAUGAAGAUUAUAUUUCUAUCCUUUCUCCAAAAGAGGUCAGCCUGGACUCCAGAGUAAGGGAAGUUAUCAACCGAAAUAUGCUGGAACCAUCACAACAUACUUUUGAUGAUGCACAGCUUCAGAUUUACACCUUAAUGCACAGAGACUCCUACCCACGGUUUAUGAACUCUGCUAUUUAUAAGGACUUGCUUCAGUCCUUAUCUGAGAAAUCCAUCAAAGCAUAAUAUUUUUAUUAAUGUAUUUAUUAAAAAAAAGAAAUGGAACUCUGGGCUACAUCAACCAACAGGGAAUUUAGAGUUAAUAGGAUAUUUACCUGAAAAUAACUCAGGCAUAUUUUAAUAUGGACUGUCAAUGUUUUAACCUGCCGAGGGCUCUGACACCACAAGCUAACUGCAGUCUCUGAUCAACUUAAGUGACACUUUGCAAAGGAGAACGUAGAGAUAGUUAGAUGUUAAAAAAGUCGUAUUUUUACAAUAGCAGAAUGUACUUGGGCAUGAACUUAUAGAAGUUAAAAUUACCACUCUAGAAAGAAAGCUCUCUCCAAUUUAUUUUUUUAAACUGUUAGUUAUGACUGCUCUCACCCUUCCCCCCACCAUUGUGCAGCCACAGUAAAAAUACUUGCGCUGUUGAUACUUGGGCUACACUAGACUGAAGCCUCACAUUUUAUAAUAGUACAACCUGGUCACUACUUAUGAAGUGGAGCUGGUACUUGUCUUGGAGUGGCUACCUGAUACAUAUAAGCAAUGUGCUCAUGGCAAUGAAAAAAUAACAACCUCAAGUUUAUGGAAGCUAGUGGUUUGGAAUAAUACUGCCUAUAAAAUUCUCUUACUGAAAAGUGUUAUUUUACUAUCAGAGUCUGCUGAAAACAUUUGUAAGUUCAUACUGUUAAUGUUUAUAAAAGCUGAAGAAUUUAGGAGAGGGAAGAGUCUGGG